AUGGAUUCUUGGAGGAGUUCCGUGGCUGGCGGAGGGGCCUCGCAGUACUCCCAGCAGGGUUAUUCCUUGCAACAACUGACACCACAGCAGCAACAGCAGGUGGCAUCCACUACGCCUGCGGCAGCAGGAGGGACCGGCCAGUACUACACGUACCAGUCGCUUGCUGCUUAUGGCACCCAGGGGCAGCAGCAGCAGCAAGCGCAGCAGGCGGGACAGCAGCAGCAGGUUUCUUACACCCAGGGUGCUUCGGCUGCGUCGGCCAACCCCUAUUCCUCUCUCUCCUCGUUCGCCACCACCGUUGACGGAACGUCCAAGUAUUCCGCCGGCGCGCAGGCAGUCGCUGCAGCCUACGGCCUCGAUAUUUCCAGCGGUGCGGGAACCGCCGGCGGUUCUUCCGCGUACGGUGGGUAUGGCGUGGGGACGACUGCUGCUACUCCUGCCGCUGCUGGAGGGACGUUCAGCUUCGACCCCAAGACGGGAGCCUACUACCAGGACGCGUCAUCAACGUACCAGCAGCAGCAGGGCGCGGGGGGAGCGUCGGCCAUCGGACUGGCAGCAGCAGCAGCGUCCAUGCAGCAGGCCAUGGCGACGCAGCAGCAGGCAGCUGCAGCUCAGCAGCGCGUCUACACGGCGACGGACAGCUACGGGCAGCAGCUGCUGGUCACGGCGCCCGCGGCCGCGUCAGUGGGAGGAGGGCAGCGGCAGAUCGUAUACACCACAGGCGUGCAGUACGACGCCGCUGCUGCCGCCGGCGGUGCCACGCCCGUUAUGCUAACUGCCGCGGGUCCCGGGUACGCUGCCAUGGGGGGAGGCGUGUCGGGCAUGGGUGCGGGGAGCGUUCCGUUCCAGCAGCAGAUGGCCGUGGCGAUGCAGCAGCAGAUGCAGCAGCAGCAGCAACAGCAGCAGCAGCAGCAGCACGUGCCGGCGCAGGGGUUUUCACAGCCGCAUCCCACGCCUCAGGGCUUCCACGCAAGGCAUGGCCGGGUGCUCGAGAUGAAAGGGGGAGAGGCGGAGAGGGGGAUUGGCGGAAAGAUUGAGCCGUUCCCAUUCGCGGAGGUGGAGAGGGGGUACCUGAGCAUCUGCAAGCGCUACCCGCGCCUCUACGUGCCAGCUGACUUCUGCAAGGCACGAGCAGUGUGGCCUACUCACUCCACGCCACUGCCACUCUUCACUCCUGUCAGCUUCGAGCACGACUCAGUAGAGGUAGAAUCUGACGACUCUGCAACCACCGCUGCGGCAUCAACGUCUCCUGCUGGAGCAACCGUCGGCACUGCGUCUAUUCCGAGCAAGGGAGACUCUGCAGUGAAGGCAGAGCCAGAGGAGGGAGCACAGGUCACAGAAGUGAAGGGUGAGGUUCAGGGCAUGGCAGAGGACGGCAGUGGCACUCCUGCAGGGCAGUCGGCUGGUGCUGCAACAGCGACGGCUGGGGAGUCGCCUCCAGAGGACACGUCUAUGGCUACGGCGAAUGAGAGCUGUGGCUUUGCCACGUCGCCUGCCCACUCUGCUGCUGCUCCCUUUGGGCUUAAGCUGCCCAUGCUGUGGACUGUCAAGGUGCUGCUGAUGAGCGGCCUGGACGCGCCAGCCCUGGCCCAGAUCACGUCAGACAAGCCCCCUUCGCCCCACGAGCGCCCCCCGCACACCAACCACGCGCUGCGAUUCGUCUGCAUGCGCCGCGACCGCGAUCCCAUCUCAGCCAUUGGCGGGCGCUGGGAGGCGGAAACGGACAGUGGAGAUCCGAGCAAGGAGGACUCUGGGCUCGUGCGAGCUGCGAUCAGGUUUGUGAAGGCAACAGUGCGUGUGGAUCUGAGCGCAUGCAAGGACUGGGCGCGGCUUGUCGACGUGGUUUACAUGCGAUCUGAUAGCCACGGCAAGCCGACCAACCUUGAGACUGUGGUCUACCUCUUGCCGAACCUGUCGGAGUGCCUUCCGAGCCUGGAGGAUUGGAAGAAGUCUGUGAAAGAGCUAGAGGGGAAGAGGAAGGCGAUUGAAGAGAAGGAGCGGAAGGAGAAGGAGAGGAGGGACAAGGAACGGAAGGAGCGUGAGAAGGAGAAGGAGAAGGAGAAGGAGAAGGAGAAGGAAAAGGAGAAAGAAAAGGAGAAGGAAAAGGAGAAGGAAAAGGAGGAAACUGGGAAGGAGAAGGAGAACGAUGAGAAGGAGAAGGAGACCAGUGAUAAGGGCAAGCAGGAGAAGGAGGAGGAGAAGGAAAAGGAGAAGGAGAAGGAGAAGGAGGAGGAGAAGGCUAAGGAAGAAGGCUCUGCAGCGGCAGUGAAGACGCUCACCAUCUCUCUGGAUGGGCUGCUGGACUAUGAUGAGGAGGACAGGGACGAGUCUUCCUUCGAGCUGGGAGUGGUGGCAGAAAGCAUCAGCGAGUACAUACAGGAGCGAGCGGGCCGAACCAUCUUCACGCACCUGCAGUUCCUGUAUCCCUUGUCGCUUGCUAAGCGGGCCAAGGAGAAGGAGCGGGAGAGGGAGCGGGAGAAGGAGAGGGAGAGGGAGAGCCGCAAGCGCAGGCUGGAGGCUGAAGCUGCCAAGGAGAAGGCAAAGGAGAGUGGCGAGGGAGAGGGGAAAGGGGAGAAGGCGAGUGGAGAUGAGGCAGCAGCUAAACGGGCGAAGGUGGAAGGCGCGGAGGGGGAUGUUGAGAUGGAGGUUGAGGAGGAGAAGAAAGAGGGAGAGGAGGGUGGUGUGGUGAAGAAGGAAGAGAAGAUGGAGGAGGAUGAGGAGAAGAAAGCUGGAGAUGGGGCGGACAAGAAGGCCAGUGCUGAGCAGACGGUGAAGAAAGAGGAGCAGGUGGAGAAGGAAGGGAAGGAUGAGGCGAUGGAGGAGAGUGGUGCAGCGGAGGAAGAGGGGAAGAAGGCGAGUGGUGGAACGGUAGUGAUUGGGCCGGCAGAGAAGGGGGCAGGAGUUACAGAGGAGGAGAAGAAAGAGAAGGAAGGCGAGGAGGGGAUUGGGAAGGAUGAGAAGAAGGGAAAGGAAGAGGCAAAGGAGUCGAAGGAUGAGAAAAAGGAAGAGGUGAAGGAGGCGAAGGAAGAGGACUCGUGGCCCAAGUCUUCAGUGACCUCGUCUGACCUCGUCCUUGCCUUCCGCCAGUUUGACCGCAACCACACCGAUUACCUCAAGUCGGAGGAUCUGCGCCGUCUGCUGCACUGCCUGGGGAUCAAUCUCAGCCACAAGAUGGUCAAGGAGCUGGCGCUGGUGGGAGCGGCGGAGAGUGGGAAGCACAGGGACGAGCGCGUAUACUACCGCGUUCUUGCCAACUACUGCUGCUGA